GUACUCGUCAGGACCCGUACUUCACCCUCCUCCCCUGUACUACGCAGCAGCGCCGUUCACUGUGCCAAGAUGGCGGGUAAGAGGGCGCUGCUGAUUUUGGCCAAAGGCGCCGAGGAGAUAGAAGUGGUAGUUCCUACCGAUUUGAUGCGCCGAGCUGGGAUAACGGUAACAGUUGCUGGACUGGCUGGCAGUGGAUCAGUAACCUGCAGCCGUGAUGUGGUCAUUUGCCCUGACACCAGCCUAGAAGAUGCAGUCAAACAGUGCCCAUAUGAUGCAGUUGUACUACCUGGAGGGAAUCUUGGAAGCCAGAAUUUAGCGGAGUCACCUGCUGUAAAAGAGGUGUUGAAGGCCCAGGCAGAUGGGAAGCGUUUGAUUGCUGCUAUCUGUGCAGGCCCCACAGCUCUACGGGCUCAUGGGAUAGGUUAUGGAAGCAAAGUCACAACCCAUCCCCUGGCUAAGGACAAAAUGAUGGAUGGAGGUAACUAUUCCUACUCAGAAGCUCGUGUGGAGAUAGAUGGGAACAUCAUCACCAGCAGAGGGCCAGGCACCAGCUUUGAAUUUGGCCUUGCAAUUAUUGAAGCACUUCUGGGAAAAGAGGUGGCUGAGAAGGUCAGAACCCCCUUGGUUCUGUGAAAUUGCCAUCCUUGGAACACUGCGUGGUUAGGGGAUGGUUAGAGGGAUUGGUUGAAAUGAUUGUUUUGAAGGUAGAAUGUCUCCUGUGCAUAAUUAGAAAUAAUGAAUUAAACUAAUGUCUUUAAAACUGUCAAAAUUUAAUGUUGCCAUGCAGCAGGGCUACAGACUGUAAACUUAACAGAUUUAAAAACCUGACAGUAUCCAAUGGUGUGUUUAAACAAAAAACUACACUUGAAUUUUUGUUCAAUUGUUUUGUUACGUGAAUCGAGUAACAGAAGCAUAAACUAAUUUGAAUUUUUUGUUUUUAUAUUUGAACAAUUCAAAGUCCAUGAAUCUGCUGGGUAUGCUGCUUUUUCCAUGCAUCUUCUAAACACCAGUUUUGCUUUCUGCAUUUGAGUACUUCACAGUGUUACACUCUUAAGUAUUUGGGAGCCAACUUUUCAUUUCUGAUUGGCUUCCUGUUCAUUUGAGAAAUGUUUUGCUCAAUCUUUCAACUGAUAAAUAUUUUCCUUUCGCACAUUGUUCGAGUAAUUUAAAUCAUAUCAUAUCCCAGGUUAUAUAAAAAAUUGAUGCUUGUGAAUGCUUAUUGGAUGUUAAGUGGAAAGUGUAGGAUUAGCUAAAAUGCCACAAAUUAAUAGGCUUUAGAAUUCCCACUUGUUUAGCUUGACCUGAAACCUUUGAAUAGACACUAAGCAGCAAUAAUUGAACAUUCACUGCCUAGUAAUUUGGCUGUUUAAAUACCGAAAAUUCGUGGUGUAGUACUCAUAGCUUUAUUUAUUGCAAGAAAUAAAAAUUGAUCAAUUAUA